AUGAUAGCAAUUUUAGCUUAUAUAAUAUCGGAUGCUUCAAAUACAUCAAAAAUGAGUUCUCUUGGAGAUCUUGGGCAGCUUUUAUACGAUUUAGAAGCGCUUUCAGACUCCACCAGAAUCCUAUCUAGGCAGGCCAGAAGUAGCAGUGUUUCUCAAGCUCAAAAAGAUUUGAAUUAUAAAAAUUUCCAAAGCUUGCUAACUGGGAUUCAAAACAUCAAAAAUAACCUAUUAGACGAUUUUGAUCAUUGAAGCUAUUGUGAAAGCUCAAAAAUAAUCCAUGAAAAACUAAUUCCGCUAUGGAUUUUUAAUGGAGAGAAACCAUAUAUUGAAUAUAACAACCUUUAUGAUACACUAUCGAAGUUCAUAUAUAGCGUAUUCUUUAUGUAGGGUUCUAAAACGCUUGAUAAUUUGUAUGAAGAUGAUGGUUUUUCUCCUGAAAUGAAAUUUUUAAUGUUAAAUGGACUUUCAUAUGUAUUUGAGUAUAUUAAUAUGACGACAGAUGGUAUCGUAGAUUGCGAAAUAAAUAGGAUUAAGCUGGCUGGAAAGUAUAUUAACACCUUUAUUAUGAUGGGGUUUUCAAUAAUUGGGCUAUUAGUAUUAUCUCUAUGCUUAUUUAUAAUCUUAGCAUCCAAAUCAUAUGAUCAAUUUUGAAAUUUCAUGCUGAAUAACAUCCAAUCAUCCUUAUCAAAUCUAAAAGCUUGCUCAAUUGACAGAUUAAUGAUAAUUCAUAGAAAUGAAUAUACAAGAGAAGAAAAUCAAGGUUUUAUUGCAAGCCGCCAUCAUCCCCGCAAAAUAAAAUCAAAAAUAUAUCUAUAGAAAAAGCCCGAGGAUCGGCUCCACACGGGAAACGAUUUUCCACGUGUGGAGCCAUUUUUCCACACGUGAGAAUCCUGAUUUCCACGUGUGAAAAAAAUCGUUCCCGUGUGGGGCCGAUUUUCCGUAUUGCCAGAGAAUGGCGCAAAUAGCGCCAUUCUCUGGCAAUUAUUAUAUCUUAUAUUUCAAGAAUCUUCAUUUUUUUCGCUAUUGCAGGCUCAUACUAUUUUUUGGUCUAUUUUCAUUUAUAUCCAAACUGCCAAACACUUAUGAUAGACCGCCCAUUGCUGCUUAACAAUUUUAGUCUCUUUAGAACUUUACUUUCGAGACUUGAUAUUUUUGCUAGAGAUAUGAGAAGCCCUGUUUUUAUAACCGAAUUCCAAGAUUUUUAUGAUUUUCCAAAUUCUCAGAUAAUGGCUGAUAAUACUUUUGAAAUAUUAAAAUCAAAAAGAAAAGAAAUAAAAAAAGAAAAUUUCUCAGUUUUGAUGUCACAGGAGUUAUUAAAUAGAAUCUAUAAAAGCAAUAAUUCAACUGAAGAGGUAUUAGAGUACGGAACUGAUGCUUCUAUUGAUGAUAUUAUUGAUGAAAUAUAUAGCCUUUUCUAUAAAAAUUUAAUUAAUACAGAUGAACUAAGCCAAUAUUUUGAGAAAUUACAGAAUAUUCAAAAUGAAAUUUUAAAGGAAUUCUUUCUUGCUGACCGAGACUCUAAAAAUAUUAUUAAUAGCGAGCUGGACGCCAUUAUUGAGUCUACAAUAUUUUACUCGCUAACUGUUUGCUUAUUGUUUUUCAUUUAUUACUUGCCAUAUUUUAAUAGUCAAAUAAAACAACUAACUCCCCCCUCCGUGAGUGAACAAAACCAUUAGAAAAAUCCCUAUUUUUUGUGCAAAAACCCACCCUCCGUGAGUGAACAAAAAUGUUUUUAAUAGAAAAAUUUUUUAUGGAAAAAAAUUUUGAUAUAUAAGUGAUAAAUAGUAUCAUGAAAUCUCAAGCUAAUUCUGUUUAAUUUUAAACAAAUUGUGUAUUAAAAAAAUUUAUAAUUAAAAUUAAAAUUUCCUUGAAUGUUUUUUUAAAUUCAGAAAAAAAUUUCUUUAAAAUUUUAUAUAUAAAUGUUUUAAAAAAAAAAAAUUUAACCACUUCGUGAGUGAACAAGAUUUUUUGCUCUCUCACAGAGGGGGGGAGUAAGCAGAUUUGCAAUACUCCCAAACAUAUUAGAGAUAAAUGCUGAACCUACAUAA